CGCCAGCACAGUCGGUCCGCGUAAACAAAGGCUCCGCCGCGACGUUACGCCGAGGGAAAAAAAAAACGGUGUCCACCAGGAGCAAGUCGUCAUCCCGAGGGAACGUGAAAUAACUCUACAGGACCGUCGUCGCCCCGGUGCGUUCGCGGCACCGAUACGACUUUUCCAAUGCCGCAGCGUAACGUAUCGUCCGCCGCCGUCGUCGUAGCCGCCGCCGUCGCCGCCGCCACAUAAUCAUCGCGCGCGCGUGUGUGCAUGUGUGUGAGUGCGUUGUCGUGUACGUGUGAGUGAGUGUUGUUCGGUUCGUUCAGUGUUGUUUCUUGUUUAUUGCCGACUGGACAUUCGCGCUUCGGCCGUUUACAAGUCGCAAGCCGUGUGCCCGCCACCGACGCCGUCCCACAAUAUCCCCGUUCCUCCUCCUCCUCCUCCUCCGACGACGACAUGGGACUCGAUCGCUGCCGUACCGUCAACGACACGGCUGACCAUUGACCGGCGUUUUGUGUUGUCGUCGACGACGACGACGACGACGGUUUUCCCGGGGUUUAACAGUUUUUGAAAUCAAUUUAUUGUACAAAAUGUCGAAGGCAUGCAGGAUGUUGAAUCUGGAUGAGGAUGGAUCAUCUACUCCAAAUACAGCAAUAAUUAAAUUAGAUCCAAGUAUGACAACUUUCUUAACACCAUCACCAUAUCAUUUACUUGAUCAUGAAUAUGGUAUGACACCACAAAAUCAAAUCAUUCCAAAUCCUCUUACAUCACCAUUAACAAAAUCACAAGGUGUAAAACGAAGAUUAAAUUUAGAGUCACUUAAUUAUGGAUAUGACGACGUUACACCUUUGACAGCUAAGCGAAUGAGAAAAUGGUCAAGUUCAAGUGCUGGUAGUGAACCCAGCCCUGCUCAAAAUGUAACAGGAAAGAAGUGUUCUGAACGUCCAACACGUUAUGAUACCUCUCUGGGUUUAUUAACCAAAAAAUUUAUUGGUUUGCUUGAAAAUUCUACGGAUGGUGUUGUUGAUUUAAAUAUAGCAUCAGAAAAGUUAGAUGUACAAAAACGUAGAAUAUAUGACAUAACCAAUGUUUUAGAAGGUAUUGGAAUUUUGGAAAAAAAAUCCAAAAAUAAUAUUCAAUGGAAAGGGGGAAAUGCAUUUGGAUCAGACAAGAAUAAUGUUCAACAAGACUUAGAAAAAAUGAAAGCCAAAGAAGAAGAAUUAGAUAAUUUGAUUUUAAAUACAGAACGAGAUAUAAAACAAUUGACAGAAGAUAAGAGAUUUGGAUAUGUAACUUAUCAAGAUAUUAGGUCUAUUGAAUCAUUCAGACAAAAGACUGUUUUGGUUGUUAAAGCCCCUCCAGAAACUGAAUUACAAGUACCUCAAGAUCACAGUGAUGGAGAUCAAAAGAUGUAUAUGAAAAGUAAUACUGGAGAAAUAGAGGUGUUCUUAUGUCCUGAGUAUAACACCAAUACAACCUCACACCAACCUCAAAGUCAGUUAAGGCCGUAUUCAUCUCAGAAUGCCAAAAAUUCAUCUACUGGCAAUACAGUUAUAAAAUCGCCUCAAAAAUUAUCAGUUAUUCAACAGUCACCAACUUAUUUGUCACACAAAUAUAAAAUGGAUAUCAUUAAAUCAGAAGCUGUAGAAAAUGUAGAGAAUACCACUAUAAGAAAAUUCAAGGAAGAGCCGUCUGAUGAUCAGCAGUAUAUACCCAGUACAAGUGGUUCCGCUAAAGAUACAUUUGAGAUAUCUUGCGAACCUUUCUUGAUGCUUGAACCACCAAAUGAAGAUGACUACAACUACUGUCUGGAUUCUGAUGAGGGUCUUGGUGACUUAUUUGGCUUCAGGUUAUAAAUAGGCUAAUACAAUAAUUCUUAGUAUAUAUAAAUGUGUGUAUUUUUUUCCAAAUUAUAAAUCCCUUCAUUUUUCCUCCCUUGUAUAACAAUUAUUUUUAUUUUCUUACCAUUUGGUAUAUCUAUUUAAUUAUAAUAAUUUUUUAUUUCAUAUUUUUUUAAAACUGAAUUUUAGUUUAUCCCAAAUUUAAUUUUCUAGUAUAACUAUUAUUUAAAAACCAUUAAUUUUAUUACAUAUUAUGUUUUUAUUUUAGUUUCCAAUCUAUUUUUAUUUUUUGGACAUAAAUUAUUUUGAUAUCAAGGUACAAAAAAAAAAAUAUUUUCAAAUAUCAGUUAUUAGAAGUUAAAAAUGUGUUCAAAUUAUUAUUUAUUUAUUUUUAACCAAUUUUAUUUCUGUUUAAUAUUUUUUUCGUUAAUGUGCAAUUUUUGGUUGUUUAUUUACUAGUUAUUUAAAACUGCUAAAUUUAUGCUAUUUUUAAAAGAGAAAACUAUAUUUUAUGCUAUUUAGUGCCUUUAAUUUGUUAAAAAAUAAAUUUUGAGCUUUCCCUUUAAACAAAACUGUUGUACAAGGAAUGGGUAUGCUCGACAUUCAGAACUGAAACACACCGUGUAUUAUAAAAAUCAUCAAUUUCUGUAUAAUAUUGAAAUGUCUAAAAUAUAAAUUGUAUAUUUUAUUACUUUUAGAUUUAGAAUUUACUUAUAGUGUUUAAGUAAAAAAUAGAAUUAUUAUUCCAAAAUUAAUAAUUAUGUAAAUUUACCUUUAUGUAAGUACUCAAAUUUGUUUUUUUUUUUUUUAUACACUCGUAUAUUGAGACAAUGUAUUUUUUCUUCUUCGUGAUCUAUACCCAAUCCGGUGAUCUCAAUCAAACAAUACACUACGUUAUACCUGAUGUCCAUUUUGGAUUAAAAUUUAUUUUAACACUAAAAGUUAGUUUCUCAUCGUAUAAAAAUGUGUAGUGUGUGUAACAAAACCAUUAUUGAGAUAAAUAUGUUCUUACAUACUUGUGAAAUUUAGUUACUCAAGAUCAACCAAUUUUAUAGUUUACAUAUAAGUUGUUUUGAAUGAAUAAAUAUUAUAAAAUAAUGUAAAUAUCA